GCGGCGGCGGCGGCAGCGGCGGUGUCUCCUCACCCUCCCUCCUUCCCUUCCCUUCCCUCCCGGGCCUGGCCACCCAGCCCGACGGGUUAGCGGGAGCCAGGUGAGCGGGAGCCAGAUAUGGCACUGACGGUGGAUGUGGUGGGGCCCGGGCCCUGGGGCUUCCGGAUCACUGGGGGCAGGGAUUUCCACACGCCCAUCAUGGUGACCAAGGUAACUGAGAGGGGCAAGGCUGAGGCUGCUGACCUCCGGCCUGGCGACAUUAUCCUGGCCAUCAACGGGGAGAGUGCUGAGGGCAUGCUUCAUGCUGAGGCCCAGAGCAAGAUCCGCCAUAGCCCCUCACCCCUGAGGCUGCAGCUAGACCGGUCCCAGGCUGCUUCCCCCAGGCAGACCAAUGGGGAAAGCUCUGUGGAAGUGCUGGUGACUCGCUUCCAGGGCUCCGUGAGGACGCACGCAGACAGCCAGUCCUCCCUGCGGUCUUCCUGCUCCAGCCCCGCGUCCUCCAGCCCCCAGCCCGGCAGCCCCUUCUCUACCCUGCCCCCCAGCAGCCCGCGUGCCCUCCCUGGAGAGGCCGUGGUCAGCCGCAGUUUCCAGAGCCUGGCACACUCCCCGGGACCCACUGCUGCUGACCGCUUCUCCUACGGGGGCCGCCCCGGAAGCCACCAGGCCAGCCUCACCCGCGCCGGAGACUCGGCUGUGCUGGUGCUGCCGCCUUCCCCGGGUCCGCGUUCCUCCAGCCCCAGUGUGGACUCAGAAGGGGGAAGCCGCCUUCUGGAAGAGGACUCAGAAGUCUACAAGAUGCUGCAGGAGAAUCGUGAGGCGCGGGUCGCCCCCCGGCAGUCCAGCUCCUUUCGGCUCUUGCAGGAAGCCCUGGAGGCUGAGGAGAGAGGAACCACGCUGUACGCAUCCAGGAGGGGCGCUACCGCCACCCGGGCUGCUACACCUGCGCAGACUGCGGCCUGAACCUGAAGAUGCGCGGGCACUUCUGGGUGGGGGACGAGCUGUACUGUGAGAAGCAUGCCCGCCGGCGCUACUCCUCAGCCCCCACCCUCAGCUCCCAGGCCUGAGCACCUGGCUGUGCUCGUAGCCCGCCCUCGACUCUGUGGACACCUCUGUGCCAGGGCCAUGCCAACAGCAAGUUGGCAUGGAAGGGUGGUGGUGGGUGGUGGGGCCCCUUCCUCCACGCUAGGCACGGCCAUGGCCUGGGACCUGUCCUGGGCUGUGCAUGAGGACGGCCUCACCAUCCCAGGCCUGUGCUAGAUACUCUCACUUCCCCCUGCAGGACAGGCCAUGCACCAAAGUCCUCGUGGGCACCGCAUUGGAUGUCUUUGUGCAACAGGGGUUAAGCAGGUUGGGACACAGAGAGAAAUAUGUAGAAAGAGAGGGGUGGUCAUAGGCGAAAGGUAUUCACUCUGUAAAGUUUUCAACAUAUGAGCUCUAUAAAUAUAUGUACAUGGACAAAA